ACCAAUAGAGAUGAUUUGUGUGAGCGAGCGCGGAUAAAGGGAUUUGUUGUGUUUCUUUGGAUCAGUGGUUUGAAUUUGAGACCCGUGCAUAUAUUGUAUUGUUAUACAAUGAGUCUGUCCCUGAGAACUGAGCUUGCUGUGGACAAAACUAAACGCAAGAAAAGAAGAGAGCUCACUGAAGAUCAGAAACACGAAAUUAAAGAGGCGUUUGAGCUGUUUGACACGGACAAAGAUAAAGAGAUUGACUACCAUGAACUUAAGGUUGCAAUGAGAGCGCUUGGAUUUGAAGUAAAAAAAGUGGACGUUUUAAAAAUACUAAAAGACUACGACAGAGAAGGAAAUGGAAAGAUUACAUUUGAGGAUUUUAAUGAAGUUGUAACAGACCGAAUAUUGGAACGAGACCCAAAGGAAGAGAUCUUAAAAGCUUUCAGAUUGUUUGAUGACGAUGAAUCAGGGAAAAUCAGUCUGAGGAACCUGAGACGGGUCGCACGGGAACUUGGAGAAAGCAUUAGUGAUGAAGAGCUGCGAAGCAUGAUUGACGAGUUUGAUAUUGACGGAGAUGGUGAAAUAAACCAGGACGAAUUCCUUGCAAUUAUGACAGGAGAAACCUAAUCCUUGUCUGGAAAACUCUGAUGACCUUUUCUGAACAGUUGGAUAUCUUAUUUGAGACAUCUCUAUGUAAAUAACUGAACCAAUUGUAGAUUUUCAUGGGCAUUCACCUCAUUGUUUUUAUAAUGGGAUCAUCUCCACUGUCAAGAAAAAAUACUUGUCUUGUGUCUCAUGUCCAUUAAUUAAGCAUGCAUUAAAUAUUUUACAGUACCUUCUCUGGUGAAA